AUGCAAAUUCAUGACUUGAGCAAAAGCAUUUGUUUGCGACUUUUUGGAAGCGUGGUUGGGUCAGUGCUCCUUUUCAGGUAUUUGGGAAAAAUUUCACGAUUAGAUGCCGAACUAUUACUGAAGAAGCAAGGCACUCGCGAUGGAAACUUCUUAGUGCGACAGUGUGAGAGCUCUCCUGGUGACUUCAGUAUAUCCGUAAAGUUUGAAGACACCAUCCAGCAUUUCAAAGUGCUGCGAGACAAUAAUGGCAAGUACUUCCUAUGGUCGGUGAAGUUCAAGUCACUAAAUGAACUAGUCAGAUAUCACAGAACUGCCUCUGUGUCACGUACACAUACAAUCCUCCUGCAAGAUUUGGAUUUGGAAACGAAAUUCGUGCAAGCGUUGUUCGACUUCAAUCCUCAAGAGGAGGGAGAACUGCCAUUCAAACGCGGCGAGAUCAUUACUCUGAUUAACAAGGAUGACAUGAACUGGUGGGAAGGUUCGCUCAAUAAUAAACGUGGCGUAUUCCCGGCCAACUACGUAUGCCCCUUCAAUCGUUCUCCAUCCAAUACGUGA